GAGAGAUGGAAGUUCUGAGACAGCCUACAGUUGGAAGAUGGUGGUGGCGGUGGUGGAGAUGUCAGGGAGUUAUAACAACAACGUUAUCAGCAGCACCUGCGUUUGUGUCCCUCCGACGCCUUCCUUUAUCAAUCUCUCCUAUUCGCCUUACGCAUCGCGUGUUUUCCUUCUCUUCCAGCUCUCCACCAAACCCUUCUUUAACUACAGACAACUCUCAGACUCCUCAUAAUCAUCAAGAAGAAGAAGAAGAAGAAGAAGAAGAACCCUCCAAAGCGGGCCCUUUGAAAUCUGGUUUAUAUCUUGUUGCAACGCCAAUUGGCAAUCUUGAAGAUAUCACCUUACGUGCUCUGCGUGUUUUAAGAUCAGCAGAUGUGAUACUUUCAGAAGACACUAGGCAUUCAGGGAAGUUGCUCCAGCACUACAAUAUUAAAACUCCCCUUCUGAGUUAUCACAAAUUCAAUGAAUCUCAACGAGAAAAUACCAUAUUGAGGAAGCUGCAACAGGGAAAUAUAGUGGCACUAAUCAGUGAUGCAGGGACACCUGGCAUCAGUGAUCCUGGCACCGAACUGGCAAAGUUAUGUGUGAAUGAAAAAAUACCUGUUAUUCCUAUCCCUGGGCCUUCUGCUUUUGUAACUGCGCUUUCUGCGUCGGGUUUGGCCACUGAUGAGUUCACAUUCGUUGGUUUUCUUCCUAAACAUGCUGGCUCAAGGAGAGAGAGGCUGCUGGUCUCUUCCAAAGAAACUGUGACACAGAUAUUCUUUGUUCCUCCACACAAGCUUCAUCAAUUUCUGGAAGAAACUUCUUCACUCUUCAGUGAGUCAAGGCAGUGUGUCAUAGCUCGGGAGAUGACUAAACUUCAUGAAGAGUUUUGGAGGGGCACUUUGGGGGAAGCAAAAGAUGUGUUUUUGACUCGCCAACCAAAGGGAGAGAUAACUGUCUUGAUAGAAGGAAAGGCUAAUUCUAUUGCUGAAACUCCAUCAGAAGCUCAACUUGAGCAUGAACUGGGAAAUUUAAUCUCCAGUGGCCAGAGUCUUUCCAUGGCAGUGAAAUUGGUGUCAGAAGGAACAACAGUUAAAAGGAAAACAAUAUAUUCCCUUGCAUUAAGGAAAUUCGGAAAGCAAGUAGAAGCUAGAGAUGAUUCCAAUUAGGCCUAAUUGACUUGUUUAUAUGGUAAGUAUCCCUCAAAGGAGCUCUGGGUUUUUAUUCUGUGUAUGCUACUCUCUUGUUUAUUUCCUCUUGAAGGAAAAGUUUUGAAGUCAA